AUGGCGGCCGGAAGUACGGCGGGUGUCCCGGAAGAGACGGCGGCCAUGGCGGCGCCGCGGGUCCGUGCGGCGGCGGCAGCGCUGGACGCGGCGGUUCCGCGGGACGUCGUUCUGUUCAGCCACGACCGCGACCGCUUCUUCCGCCUGGCCGGGCUGUUCUGCGCCGGGCAGGGGCUGUUCUGGACCUACCUGGCUCAUUUCGCCUUCACGGCGCUCCGCCCCGCCGCCGGUCCCGGGCCCGCCGACCCGCUGCGGCCCCGCGAUCACAAAUGGCGCUUGGGGUUCAGCGCUUCCUGCCUCACCCUCGGGUCCGUGAUCGUGGCGGCCGGUUGUUUGUUCCCGCUGCGCUCCGUUCGCCGGGUGACGCUGCUCCGCGGCGGCGCGGCCGUGACCAUCAGCACCCACGGGCCGCUGGGGCUGGGCCGCGGCGCCACGUUCACCGUCCCGCUCCGCCACGUCUCGUGCCACGCUCACCGCUCCGAGGCCGCGGCCGCCGUCCCCAUCAAGGUGCGGGGGCGCCCGUUCUUCUUCCUGCUGGACAAGCGCGGGGGGAAGCUCUGCCACCCCCGGCUCUUCGACAUCACCGUGGGCGCUUAUCGCAACCUCUAGGGCGGGUUAAUUGCGGGAGGGACCGGGAUUGCUCGUUGUUCACCCCUUAUCACCCCCAAAUAAACCCUGAGCUGCUCA